AUGGCCACGGUGACAGUCGCCAAUUCAGCCCCCUGCCUGCGAGGUCUGGCAACGCUCGCUCGAUCGUUGAACUCCGCAGGUCGGAUUAUUCCCCAAUGGCAGCCCCUCGCGUGUGUCGUUUCGUCGGGGAGACGACUAGGGGAUAACAGGUUAUUCCAAUCCAGCUCUCAGGCCUCCUCGCGCCCUCGCAUGUCCUAUCGUAUCGCAGUAUCUUCCUCCGGUAAAGGCCGCAGAUUUAGUCCGGACAGAAAUGUCUGCAGCUUCGAUCCAGAGACACAAGAUGCCAUCGGACUACAACAGGGAAGGAAUUAUUUGGAGCGGAAAUUAAGUCGUCCGGAUAGUGGAGAGGAUGCCUUCUUCGUGAGCAAGAUCGACCACCAUCCGAACGCGUUUGCAUUCGGCGUCGCCGAUGGAGUAGGCGGUUGGACGCAAUCUGGGGUUGACCCGGCGGAUUUCUCGCACUCAUUUUGCAGUUAUCUGGCGGAGUGCGCAUUGAAAUGGGAUGCAUCGGCUCACGAACUGCGCGCAAGAGCCUUAAUGCAAAUGGGAUAUGAACGGACGUUGGCUGACAGGACGAUAUUUGCGGGCAGCAGCACCGCGUGCAUCGGCGUCGCCUGCGAAGAUGGAACCGUCCAACUGGCAAAUCUCGGGGAUUCCGGCUCGGUACUGUUCCGCCUGGCUGCCGUUCAUCACUACUCCACCCCCCAAACCCACGAUUUCAACACUCCUUACCAGCUCUCCGUAAUGCCGCCCUUAAUACGGAUGCAAUCCGCUAUAUUUGGUGGUAGGCAGUACGAAGAUCUUCCCCAAGACGCCAACGUGACCAACUACCGCCUCCAGCACGGCGAUGUGCUUUUACUAGCAACUGACGGAGUCUACGAUAACCUGAACAAUCAGGAUAUUCUUACCCUAGUUACAGGACGGAUGAUGGCGACUGGGGCGUGGAAUGGGACUGCAGACAUGGGUAUCGGGGUCUCUGAUGGACUAAAUGCUCUCACACAACCUGCUGGACUCUCAUCCGCCUUCUCAUCUCUAAAAUCCCGUCCACAUUCGCAUCGCUCUCGUCACCACCCCCACCAUCACCAUCACCAUCACCAUCACCAGCAACACGCCAACCCUGAACAGCCAUCGAGUGCCAAAGCCAUUGACGCGCACACACGCAACCACACACUCCAAGCUCUCCUCGCAGUAACCAUUGCUGGAGAAGCGAAGAUCGCUAGCAUGGAUUUCCGACGCGAUGGGCCAUUUGCCAAGGAGUCACAGAGAUAUCGACCUUGGGAUCAUUGGCGAGGUGGAAAACCAGAUGAUAUCUGUGUGAUCGUCGUGAUUGCUGUUGAAGAAGGAAGGGAUGUUGUGGAUUAGUUCUGGACGCUAACUGCGCUGUUUUCACGCUAUAAAACUCAGGAAUGGGCCUGUAUAUAAUACUGCAUUCCCAGGAAUUAACAAGCCGAGCGACUGUUUUUGUUUUUGUUUAUUUGUUAGACAUAUGUUAUUUUCUUGAGCGCUUACAUAGCCCAUGAUGACACAGCGCGAGCAGCUUA